AUGUCUAAAGACCAAGGACCUUCGUCCUCGAAUCAGGACCCACGUUACGAUUUCAUCGGGUCUUACGCUGUGAAAUCCUUAAAGUUGAAGCCUGAAAAAUGGACAAGGGUUUUGGGCAUAGAAGAACACAGAUCAACGUUAAAGGACUUUGUAGAUAAGCCCCUGCCUAUCCUUCUGGUAGUGGUAUUAACUCAUACAGCUCAGUUGGUCCCGGUUAUAUCUUUCCCAUGUUAUUUGAAGAAUAAAGCCGUUUAUUUCGUGAAGAAAAAGCCCGAUGUCAUCCCUAAGGAGAACUGUUCUGAAAUGGUCAUCUUUGGUGACCUGGCACCAAGAUUAAUAGAUGAACUAGCAGCUUUGGUGGACGAAGUGUUUGUUCCUCUGCUGUCGAAUCCUCUGAACCAUGAGGGAUGGCCGUUGGUCGUCUCUCAGGAUAUUCUGAAGCAGAUUCACAGCCUCAAAAGUACCGUGUAUGAGGUAAAAGGCAAAGUCAACGGGCAAACCGUCCUCCCAAUGCCAGUGGGAGUAGAAUUAGUUUACGAAGCAGAAAAGGGUCUUCUUCGUGGAGAAGAAGUGGACUUGUACCUGAAGAGUGCCAUAGAAGGAGUAGUGAUAAAGUGGGCCCAGCAGAUUAAUGACGUCAUGAUGGAAGAUUCCGCUCUGGCGUUUGAGAACGGUCAGAAUCCGCUGCCGACUACUGAACUAGCAUUUUGGAAGUCGCGGGUAAGCAACCUCAACUACAUAUACGAUCAGCUGAGAACAGAUAGAGUAAGGUGCAUGGCAGUGAUACUGGAAAAGACGACGUCCGCUUACUACCCCUGCUUUAGUAGGCUGUUUAAGAAUAUCGUUUCAGCUCUAGCCGAAGCUCGCGAAAUAGACUUGUACUUGCGCACCCUAGAGAAACAUUUCCAAGCGCUAGAAGAUACAGACUUCACCGAAUGCCAACCGCUCUUCAGACCACUUUUCCACGUCAUCUGUAUGAUCUGGAGGGACUCCAAGUACUACUGUAGCUCUUCCAAGUUGAUGGUCCUGCUGAAACAGAUUGGAAACCUGCUUAUUCACCAGGCAAAGAAAUGUUUAGAUCCAAGUACCUUGUUCCAUAGUGACAUAGAUGAAGCAACGCAACGUAUUCAAAUGACUAUUAACAUACUGAAACUGUUCAAAAACACAUUCGAAUAUUUUAAGGAAAAUAUCUCCAAAUAUUUCGUGGACAGAACAGUUAUACCUUGGACCUUCCAUCCGAAUGUCGUAUUUGAAAGAAUGAAUAAGUUUCUGGAUAGACUGGAUACGAUUCAAUGGUUUUUCAAGACAGUAUUGGAGUUUCAAAAACUAGAGAAAAUAGAGAUAGGUGGAAUGAAAGGAAGAGUUCUAAGUGGACAAAUUCGGGAAAUAUCAACAGAAUUUGAAACGUAUUUCCACAGCUUUGCCUCCAAAUCUUAUGAUGUUUUGGACCCAGAUGAUCAAAAGUUUAACGGUGACUUUAAAGUUUUUCAAGACAACAUAAUAGAUUUAGAUCUGAAAUUAUCUACAGUUUUAGUGGAAUCAUUUGAUAAUUGUGCAACCUUAGAAGCCAUUUUCAAGCUCAUCGACAUUGUGGGUUCUGUUUUGGAAAGACCUCUUAUCAGGAAUGAAUUCACAGCCAAGUAUGUGGAAAUUAUUGUCAUGCUGAACAAAGAAAUCGAUAUAUGCGAAGAACUAUUUGCCGAGCAGACCCAUCGUCUCGAGAAGUACGGCCACAUGGAGGUAGACGCGUUCCUGCCGCCCAUCGCAGGCGGACUCCUCUUCAUGACCACGCUGGCUUCCAGGAUCUCCAAGCCUAUAGCUAGCUUUCGCAAUUUGCCGCACCCGAUUAAAGAAACGGAAGAGGCGCUGAAAAUUUUUUCAAGAUAUGAAAAGCUUAUUGAAGACAUAAAUGCUUUCAAGAAAAAGUACUUUACUGAUUGGACUAGAACGGUUUCUAGGCUCAUAGAAGUUAAUACCAAGAAGAUGAUACUUGCUCGACAAGGUUCAGACCUGGUUCUGAAUUUCCAUCCUCUGCUUCUAGACAUCAUGAAAGAAGUUCAUCAUUUACGCAACAAUACCGAGCUAGUAGAAUUGCUACCACAAGAAAGCAAUGCUUUGUUUGAGAAGCAAGAAACCUACAGGCAGUACAGAAUCAAUCUUGGUAUUACCAUUGACUGGUACAACCAAAUCAGAAAGAACAGUCAGAAGGUUGAGUUUGAUUUAGUUGAAGAUGAAAUAAAAGCUAUUGAUCAAAGGAUUGAGAUGGCACAACAUGAACUUAAUUGGAAUUCACAAGAUUUAUGGAACUACCUACAAGAACUUCAUACAUUAGUGGGAAAUUUAUAUCAACGAAUGUCAAAGAUACAAGAAAACUUAAAAGAUAUGAAAUCUGUUAUGAAAGUCUGGGCUACACAGCCUUUGUUCGAAAGAAAAGAAGGAAAGAAGGAUACGCUUUUGAAUUUAGAAGACCGUCAAGAGCGAACAAAUAAAAGAUACACUGAUAUUGUGUCUACUGCUGAUCGUAUUAAGGAGUUGCUUAAAGAGAAUAUGGAACUAUUUAACAUGCAGGAUAACCAGGAAAGUGAGAUAUGGUUGAAUUACGUCGCGUUUAUCGAUAAUUUGCUGGAAGAAUCUUUGUUUAAAUGUAUUGCUUGCAGUCUGGGAUAUAUUACGGAACAUAUGAACCCAAAGAAUAAGCUGGCACCAUUAUUUGAAGCUCAGUUAGAAUUACUCGAUCCUGAUAUGGUCUUCGCGCCAACACUGGAUCCAAACGAUGAAAAAGGUUUCUUAGCACUAAUAAAAGGCCUUAUUAAUGACAUUCUCAAAAUGUCAACUCUAGUCGGACGAAUCAAUCCUAAGCAACCUGAAUCUUAUGAGGAUCAAAUUGUGAGCCAUAGUGAUGUUAUUGAAAUGAAAGAAGAGAUUCUGAAUGGAAUAGAAAGGGUAAUAGAAGAUGCAAAUGAAUUUUGCAAAACAUUUGAGAACUACGCGUACCUUUGGCUAGAAGAAAGAGAUGCAGUUAUGGAAAUUUUCCUUACCUAUGGACGGAUCCUUACUCCUGAUGAAGUAGACAAGAUUGGGUCUGAAGAUAAAGAGGUUGCACCACCAGCGCCUUGCGCUCCAAAGAUGGAAGCUUUUAGGGAACAGAUUGAUCACUAUGAGAAUCUAUUUAUGGAUAUCGAAGAUAUGGAAUCGUAUAAAGUAUUCAACUGUUGGUUCCAGGUGGAUGUGCGACCAUUUCGACAAGCUCUUUUAAAUACAGUGAGGAAGUGGGGGAAUAUGUAUAAAGAGCAUUUGGUCAACAACGUUACAUCUAGCCUCAGCGAUUUAGGCAACUUUAUUAGACAGGCUGAUGAAGGUCUAUUGCAGCCAGUACCGGAAGGCGACUAUGAAGCGUUAGUAAAUGUUAUGGGAUAUUUGAUGAAUGUCAAAGAUCGGACUGUGACUACAGAUGACAUGUUCCAACCGCUCACAGAGACAAUAGAACUUUUGAAAUUCUAUGACAUGGAUAUCCCUGAGGAAGUCAAUGUGCUUUUACAGGAAUUACCAGAACAAUGGCAAGCAACGAAGAAAUUAGCUAUUACAGUGAAACAACAGGUGGCUCCAUUACAAGCCGCUGAAGUCUCAGGAAUCAGAAAGAAAAUAGCUACAUUUGAUUCACACGUUAAUUAUUACAGAGAAGUUUUUAAAAGAUAUGCGUUCUUCAGAUAUGAUUGUGAAGAUCCCUACGGUCUAAUGUCGAGAGUAGAUUACGAAAUGCUACAGCUAGAAGAUGAAAUGAGGAGCAUACAAGAAUCUGGCUCAUUGUUUGAAGUGAACGUCCCAGAGUUUAAACUAUUGAAGCAGUGCAGAAAAGAGCUAAAAAUGUUAAAGCAACUUUGGGAUUACGCGUUUAUUGUACGAACGAGUAUUGAGGACUGGAAGACAACACCUUGGCGUAAGAUAGACGUAGAAAAUAUGGAUAUCGAAUGCAAGAAAUUCGCUAAAGAAAUUAGGCUGCUAGACAAAGAGAUGAGAAGUUGGGACACAUACGUUAACUUGGAAGCGACAGUGAAAAAUAUGUUGACAUCUCUAAGAGCAGUAGGUGAGCUGCAAAAUCCUGCUAUAAGGGAACGACAUUGGGAUCAACUCAUGAGAAGUACGAAGAGCUUAGCAGCAUUGCCACCAGAACUCACUGUCCGAAUAGUAAUGGAUGCAAACACCACCCUAGCUGACUUACUAGCAUUAAACUUACACGAAUGUGAAGAAGAAGUGAAGAAUAUAGUGGAUAAGGCGGUGAAAGAGAUGUCUAUGGAGAAGACAUUGAAAGACCUUAAUACCACCUGGAGUGGCAUGGAGUUUGAACAGGAAACUCACACGAGGACUGGAUGCGUAUUGCUCAGAGCUAGCGAAGAGCUUAUUGAGACUUUGGAAGAAAAUCAGGUACAACUCCAAAACUUAAUAACGUCAAAAUUCGUCGCGCAUUUCUUAGAAGAAGUUUCCGGUUGGCAGCAGAAGUUGUCGAUAGCGGAUCAAGUGAUUUCAGUAUGGUUUGAAGUUCAACGGACAUGGACUCACUUGGAGAGCAUAUUUAUGAGCUCUGAGGAUAUUAGAAAACAAUUGCCUGACGACUCAGCAAGAUUCGAUAGAAUUGACGAAGAGUUUAAAAUUUUAUCAAAAGACAUGGCAAAGACACCAAAUGUAGUUAGAGGCACGAACAAAGAAGGCUUAGUGGAAAAGUUGGAUGGUCUGCAGAAAGAUCUAGUAAUUUGUGAAAAAGCUUUAGCUGAAUAUUUAGAAACUAAAAGAUUGGCUUUUCCGAGAUUUUAUUUUGUUUCAUCUGCAGAUUUGUUGGAUAUAUUGUCUAAUGGUAAUCAAGCAGAAUUGGUAAUCAGGCAUUUGACAAAAUUAUUUGACUCAAUAGCAAAAUUAAAGUUUAUAGAAAGUGAGAAUACAGCUGAAAAGGUUUCUUCUGGUAUGAUAGCCAAGGAUGGAGAAUAUGUACCAUUUCACGGAAGUUGUGAUUGUACGGGAGCUGUGGAAAUAUGGCUUAACCGUCUACAAGAUAUUAUGCGAUCUACAAUCCGUCAUUACUUUGGAGAAGCUAUUGUGUCGUAUGAAGAGAAGCCCAGAGAGCAAUGGCUCUUCGAUUUUAUGGCUCAAGUAUCAUUAUGUGGUUCGCAAAUUUGGUGGACUACAGAAGUUAAUAUGGCUUUCGCGAGAUUAGAAGAAGGAUAUGACAAUGCUCUUAAAGAUUAUUACAAAAAACAGUUGGCGCAGCUUAGCAUAUUGAUCACCUUACUGAUUGGGGAGCUGAGUAAGCAAGAUAGGCAGAAAAUUAUGACAAUUUGUACCAUUGAUGUGCAUUCAAGAGAUGUUGUCAGUAAGAUGAUCCAAGGGAAGGUGGAAGCAGGGUCAGCUUUCCAGUGGCAAUCCCAACUGAGACACAGAUGGGACGAGAAGGAGUAUCAUUGUUUCGCCAACAUCUGUGAUGCUCAGUUUAAAUAUAGUUAUGAAUAUUUGGGUAAUACUCCUCGUUUGGUUAUUACUCCUCUGACUGAUAGAUGCUACAUAACAUUGACACAGUCCUUGCAUUUGAUCAUGGGUGGCGGUCCGGCUGGUCCUGCUGGUACAGGCAAAACAGAAACUACGAAGGAUUUGGGAAGGGCUCUGGGUAUAAUGGUAUAUGUAUUUAAUUGUUCUGAACAAAUGGAUUAUCAGUCUUGCGGCAACAUUUACAAAGGUUUAGCUCAGACAGGAGCUUGGGGGUGUUUUGACGAAUUCAACAGAAUCUCUGUUGAAGUGCUCUCCGUAGUCGCAGUGCAAGUCAAAUCAGUGCAAGAUGCAAUAAGAGACAAAAAACAAACAUUUAACUUCAUGGGAGAAACAAUAGUGCUCGUGCCAACAGUUGGUAUAUUCAUCACAAUGAAUCCAGGUUACGCUGGCAGGACUGAACUACCUGAAAAUCUCAAAGCACUCUUUAGACCGUGUGCUAUGGUAGUUCCUGAUUUUGAACUCAUUUGCGAAAUUAUGUUGGUCGCUGAAGGUUUUCAAGAAGCGAAAAUUUUAGCUCGGAAGUUCAUCACUCUUUAUACGCUGUGUAAAGAGUUAUUAUCGAAGCAAGAUCAUUACGAUUGGGGUUUAAGAGCUAUCAAGUCUGUGUUAGUAGUGGCUGGAUCUCUGAAGAGAGGUGAUCCUGGUAGGCCAGAAGAAGAAGUACUGAUGAGAACACUUCGCGACUUUAACAUCCCAAAGAUCAUAACAGACGACAUGCCAGUAUUUAUGGGUCUAAUAGGAGACUUAUUUCCCGCUUUGGAAGUACCAAGAAAACGCGAUCUGGAAUUUGAAAGAACAGUCAAACAAGCUGCAAUGGACCUGUCACUUCAACCUGAAGACAACUUCAUUCUUAAAGUUGUGCAAUUAGAGGAAUUGUUGGAAGUACGUCAUUCGGUCUUCAUUGUCGGUAAUGCUGGUACAGGGAAAACUCAAGUUUGGAAGUCGCUCUUUAAAACUUAUCAAAAUCUAAGAAAGAAGCCAAUUUUCAAUGAUUUGAACCCAAAAGCCGUUACUAACGAUGAACUAUUUGGUAUUAUCAAUCCAGCAACUAGGGAAUGGAAGGAUGGUCUAUUUUCUGUAAUAAUGAGAGAUCAAGCUAAUCUUGUUGGAGAAAAUCCUAAGUGGAUCGUUUUAGAUGGUGACAUAGAUCCUAUGUGGAUUGAGUCUUUAAAUACAGUGAUGGAUGAUAAUAAAAUUUUGACUUUGGCCAGUAAUGAAAGAAUUGCACUGACUCCGACUAUGAGGCUUAUGUUUGAGAUAUCUAAUCUUAAAACAGCGACUCCAGCUACGGUUUCUAGAGCUGGCAUUCUAUAUAUCAAUCCUCAGGAUUUGGGAUGGAAUCCGUACGUCACCAGUUGGGUAGAGACUAGAAAAAUACCUGCUGAGAAAUCAAAUCUUGUCAUGUUAUUCGACAAAUACAUCCCUGCAUGUUUAGAAACUGUGAGAACAAGAUUCAAGAAGAUAACUCCUAUAGCGGAAAUGGCUCAUGUUCAGAUGCUAUGUCAUCUUCUAAAUUGUCUUUUAGUACCAGAGAAUACUCCAGCAGACUGUCCCAAAGAAUGGCAUGAUAUAUUUUUUGUAUUUGCUUGUGUGUGGGCAUUUGGCUCUGCAAUGUUCCAGGACAGUAAUAUUGAUUAUCGAGUCGAAUUCACAAAGUGGUGGGUCAAUGAAUUUAAACACGUUAAGUUCCCGCCAGGUGGUACGGUGUUCGAUUUCUACAUUGAUUCUGAAACAAAACAAUUUACUCCAUGGACGGAAAAAAUACCUAAGUUUGAAUUAGAUUCUGAUAUUCCUCUACAGGCUGUAUUGGUACCUACGUCUGAAACAAUUAGAAUUAGGUUCUUUUUGGACCUGCUAAUGAAAAAUAAACACCCAGUAAUGUUAGUAGGGAGUGCUGGAAGCGGCAAAACUGUCUUGGUGAAUGAGAAGCUGCAAAGUUUAUCAGAAAAUUACGCCGUACAGUCAGUCCCGUUUAAUUUUUACACUACAUCGGAGAUGUUACAAAAGAUUCUAGAGAAACCUCUGGAGAAGAAAGCUGGUAGAAAUUACGGUCCACCAGGAAAUAAGACACUUAUUUACUUUAUUGAUGACAUGAACAUGCCAGAAGUAGAUAGCUAUGGAACUGUACAACCGCAUACAAUAAUACGGCAACAUAUGGACUAUGGUCAUUGGUACGACCGAACCAAGUUGUCGUUGAAAGAUAUUCAUAAUACCCAGUAUGUCUCUUGUAUGAAUCCGACGUCUGGGAGUUUUACAAUAAAUCCGCGUUUGCAGAGGCAUUUCUGCGUAUUUGCGAUCAGCUUUCCGAAUAACGAUGCAUUGAACAAUAUUUAUCAUUCUAUUCUAAGCCAGCAUUUGGCCAACCCAGAGUUGAGAAUCAAUCCGCAAAUUGCCAAGCUAUCAUCGAAUGUAGUAGCAGCAUCAAUAGCUUUACAUAACAAAGUUUCUCAAGUUUUCCUGCCGACUGCUAUCAAAUUCCACUAUAUCUUCAAUUUGAGAGACCUUUCUAACAUGUUCCAGGGUCUCUUGUUUAGUACAAAUGAAUGUCUAGUGAACCCUUCCGACUUGAUACGACUUUGGCUACAUGAAACACAUCGAGUGUACAGCGAUAAACUCACGGAAGACAAAGAUAUUGAUGCCUUCCUUAAAAUGCAAGUCGAUUUAUGCAAAAAGAACUUUGAAGAUAUCGACGAAGGCACCGUGUUUGAACGUCCUAAUAUUUACUGUCACUUCGCUGGUGGCAUUGGUGAACCCAAAUACAUGCCUAUAGCGUCCUGGGAGCAGUUGAACAAACUUCUAACCGAAGCCAUGGCGAGUUACAAUGAUCUCAUUGCUGCUAUGAAUUUGGUCUUGUUUGAGGAUGCCAUGAUGCAUAUUUGCAGAAUAAGUCGUAUUCUAGAAAGCCCAAGAGGUAGUGCUUUACUGGUGGGUGUAGGGGGCUCUGGUAAGCAAUCCUUGUCACGUUUGGCAGCGUUCAUAUCAAGCUUGGAAGUUUUGCAAAUUCAACUCAAAAAAGGUUAUGGAGUCACAGAUUUGAAGCACGAGCUUUCGGGCUUGUACAUAAAGACUGGUUUGAAAAACGUCGGUAUAAUGUUCCUGAUGACUGAUGCUCAAGUUGCAAAUGAACAGUUUCUGGUACUCAUCAAUGAUUUGCUGGCAUCCGGCGAAGUAGCUGACUUGUUUCCUGAAGAUGAGAUUGAAAACAUCAUUGGUGGUGUUAGGAAUGAGGUCAAAGGUGCUGGGUUGCCGGAUACGAGGGAAAUCUGUUGGAAAUUCUUUAUUGAUCGAGUGCGAAAGCAGCUGAAGGUGGUCUUGUGUUUUUCCCCCGUCGGAUCCACUUUGAGAGUUCGAUCUAGAAAAUUCCCGGCGUUGAUUAAUUGUACUUCUAUCAAUUGGUUCCAUGAAUGGCCUCAGGAAGCUUUGGUUUCAGUUGCUAUGAGGUUUUUGGGAGAAUUACGUGUUUUACCGAUUGCAUUAAAGGACUCAAUUGCAAGGUUCAUGGCAUACGUUCAUACUUCAGUUAAUACUAUCUCAAAGGCGUACUUGUCGAAUGAACGGAGGUAUAACUACACAACGCCUAAGAGUUACUUAGAGCAAAUCAGUUUAUACGCAAAAUUAGUUAAUAAUAAAACGCAGGAGCUUCAAGCCAAAAUUGUACGCCUAGAAAAUGGUUUGGAAAAACUACGCUGCACAGCUUCGCAAGUAGAUGAGCUGAAAGCUAAAUUAGCUAUACAAGAAAUCGAAUUGCAACAGAAGAACGAAGCAGCUGAUAAGUUAAUAGAAAUGGUCGGUGUUGAGACGGCAAAAGUGCAGAGCGAGAAAGCGCUAGCUGAUGAGGAAGAAGAAAAAGUAGCGGUAAUAGCAGAAGAAGUCUCCAAAAAACAGAAAGAUUGCGAGGAAGAUCUUAUUAAAGCAGAACCAGCUCUUAUAGCAGCUCAAGAGGCUUUGAAUACUUUAAACAAGGCCAAUCUCACUGAGUUAAAGUCUUUUGGAUCACCACCUGGUGUCGUGACGAACGUCACUGCAGCCGUCAUGGUAUUGCUAGCACCAGGUGGAAAGAUACCGAAAGAUAGAAGUUGGAAAGCUGCAAAGGUAACGAUGGCAAAAGUCGAUAUGUUUUUGGAGUCACUUAUAAAUUAUGACAAAGAAAAUAUACAUCCCGAUGUCAUAAAAGCUAUUCAACCUUAUCUAAAGGAUCCUGAGUUUGAACCUGAGUUUGUCAAAUCGAAAUCAGCAGCUGCCGCAGGUCUUUGUGCUUGGGUGAUCAACAUAAUAAAAUUCUACGAAGUAUUCUGCGACGUUGAACCAAAGAGGAAAGCUUUAGCUGCUGCUAAUGCUGAACUUGCCGCUGCUAGUGAAAAACUGAGAUCUAUAAAGUCUAAAGUUGCAUCGCUAGAAGAAAAACUAGCAAUGUUAACUGCAGACUUCGAAAAGGCUACUUCAGAAAAGCUUAAAUGUCAGCAAGAAGCAGAUGCUACGAACAGAACGAUUCAAUUGGCUAACCGGCUUGUCAAUGGACUUGCCAGCGAGAAUGUUAGAUGGGCUGAAGCGGUGUCUAAUUUUAUGCAACAAAAUACAACACUGCCUGGAGACGUGUUGUUAGUAUGUGCGUUCAUUUCUUACGUCGGAUGCUUCACGAAACAGUACCGUUUGGACUUAUUGCACAAAAAUUGGCUAGUGUUUUUAAAAGCAUUAGAGCCUCCAAUACCAAUAACAGAAGGUUUGGAUCCACUGUCGAUGUUGACUGAUGACACAACAAUAGCCAUGUGGCAAAAUGAAGGAUUACCAUCUGAUCGUAUGAGCACAGAGAACGCUACUAUUCUUUCUAAUUCUGAUCGGUGGCCACUCAUGAUUGAUCCUCAGUUACAAGGUGUUAAGUGGAUAAAACAAAAAUACGGAGAAAAAUUGAGAGUGAUCCGACUCGGACAAAAAGGAUACUUGGACACAAUAGAAAGAGCUAUCAUAAAAGGGGAAACAGUGUUGUUGGAAAAUAUUGACGAAACUGUUGAUCCAGUACUAGAUCCUCUACUUGGAAGGAAUUUAAUAAAGAAAGGAAGAGCCAUCAAGAUUGGAGACAAAGAAAUUGAGUACAGUCCAAACUUCAGAUUAAUCUUACACACGAAACUAGCCAACCCUCAUUAUAAGCCAGAAAUGCAAGCGCAGACCACACUAGUCAACUUCACUGUCACCAGAGAUGGUUUAGAAGACCAGCUCCUGGCAGAAGUAGUCAAAGCCGAAAGACCUGAUCUGGAAGAAUUGAAGGCAGAUUUAACAAGACAACAAAAUGAAUUCAAAAUCCAAUUGAAAGGUCUUGAAGACGAUUUAUUGCAUAGGUUGUCGUCUGCUGGUGAGAAUAUUUUAGGUGAUACUGCUCUGGUGGAGAAUCUAGAGACUACGAAGAAAACUGCAGCUGAUAUUGAGAAAAAGGUUACAGAAGCUAAAGUGACUUCGCAUCAAAUAGAUCAAGCACGUGAGUUCUACCGUCCGGCCGCGGCUCGAGCUUCGUUACUGUACUUCAUUUUAAACGAUUUGAAUACGAUAAAUCCUAUCUAUCAAUUCUCUUUGAAGGCUUUUAGUGUUGUCUUUCAAAAGGCCAUUUCAAAAGCAGAACCAGCAGAUGAAGUCAGUCAGAGGAUCAAAAACCUGAUCGACUGCAUUAGCUACUCUGUCUUCCAAUACACAUCGAGGGGCUUGUUUGAAUGCGAUAAGCUGAUUUUCGCGUCUCAGAUGACAUUCCAAGUGCUACUAAUGAGUGAAGAAAUUUCACCAGCGGAAGUGGAUUUCUUCCUUCGUUUUCCAGUCAAACCACAUGUGACCAGUCCAGUGGAUUUCUUGUCCAACCAAAGUUGGGGUGGUAUUUGUUCUCUAGCUGGUAAAGACGAGUUUAGAAACUUGGACAGGGAUAUAGAGACAUCGCCAAAAAGAUGGAAGAAAAUUGUAGAGAUGGAAUGUCCUGAGAGAGAAAAGUUUCCACAGGAGUGGAAAAAUAAAACGGCUCUUCAGAGACUAUGCAUGUUGAGAGCUUUGAGACCAGACAGAAUGACGUAUGCUGUUGCAGCCUACAUAGAAGAGAAAAUGGGAGGAAAGUACGUUGAAAACCGUACAGUUGAAUUUAGCAAGUCUUUUGAAGAAACCAGUCCUACAACACCUAUAUUCUUCAUUCUAUCUCCUGGAGUUAACCCUCUCAAGGACGUGGAAGCUUUAGGAAAAGUUAUGAGUUUUACGGCAGAUAAUGGAAACUUCCACAAUGUGUCUUUAGGGCAAGGUCAAGAAAUUGUUGCUGAACAGGCUAUGGACGAAUCUCUACAGAAAGGGCACUGGGUAGUUUUACAGAAUAUUCACUUGGUAAAAAAAUGGCUUCCAAGUCUUGAAAAGAAGAUGGAGAGUUUUGCCACGGGAUGUCACGCUGACUUCCGGCUGUUCAUGUCGGCUGAGCCUGCGGCUACUGCGGCGGCGCACAUCAUCCCUCAAGGCAUUCUAGAGUCUAGUAUUAAGAUCACUAAUGAACCUCCUACAGGAAUGCAGGCAAAUAUCCAUAAGGCCUUAGAUAAUUUCAACCAAGAAACGCUCGAAAUGUGCGGCAAAGAAGCUGAAUUCAAAGCUAUAUUGUUCGCUCUUUGCUAUUUCCAUGCUGUCGUUGCGGAAAGACGAAAAUUCGGUCCUCAGGGAUGGAAUAAAAUUUAUCCUUUCAAUGUCGGUGAUCUCACGAUUAGCGUCUUCGUUCUGUACAACUACUUAGAAGCAAACUCAAGAGUACCCUGGGAAGACCUGCGUUAUCUUUUUGGUGAGAUCAUGUACGGUGGACAUAUUACUGACGACUGGGACCGAAGGUUAUGUAACGCUUAUUUGGAAGAAUUAAUGCAGCCAGAUCUUGUGGACGGUGAACUCCAACUAGCACCCGGGUUUUGUGCCCCACCCAAUACAGAUUAUGUUGGCUAUCAUCAGUACAUCGAGGAUGCCAUGCCUCCAGAAUCUCCGUAUCUAUAUGGACUUCAUCCAAACGCGGAAAUUGGUUUUCUAACCACUACUUCGGAGAAUCUGUUCAGGACUAUAUUUGAAAUGCAGCCUAGAGAUGCCCAGGCAUCUGGUGCUGCUACGGUUACUAGAGAAGAUAAGGUGAAACAAAUGCUAGAUGAAAUUAUGGAGAAACUGCCAGAAGAAUUUAAUAUGACGGAGAUAAUGGGCAAAGUGGAAGAGAGGACACCUUACGUCAUCGUAGCUUUCCAGGAGUGUGAACGGAUGAACUACUUGACUGGGGAGAUGAAGCGGUCUCUGAGAGAAUUGGACUUAGGAUUGAAGGGUGAACUUACAAUUACAUCUGUAAUGGAGGAGUUAGAAAAUGCAUUGUUCUUGGAUCAAGUGCCAGCUAUUUGGGCAAAUCGAGCAUAUCCAUCUUUGUUGGGAUUGUCUUCAUGGUUCGUGGAUUUGCUUCUGCGGCUCCGGGAGUUGGAAACAUGGGCUACUGAUUUCGUUUUACCGGCAUCAGUUUGGCUCGCAGGCUUCUUCAAUCCUCAAAGUCUAUUGACAGCCAUUAUGCAAAGCACAGCUCGCAGGUAUGAGCUGCCUCUUGACAAAAUGUGUCUCCAGUGUGACGUAACUAAGAAAAUGAAAGAGGAAUUCACGUCCGCUCCUCGUGAUGGGGCGUACGUGCACGGGCUGCUGAUGGAAGGAGCCAGGUGGGACAUGCAAGCUGGAAUCAUCAUGGAUUCAAGGCUUAAGGAGCUGUUUCCUGCGAUGCCGGUCAUCAACGUUAGGGCCAUCACUCAAGACAAGCAAGAUCUUCGCAACAUGUACGAGUGUCCAGUGUACAAGACAAGGACCAGAGGUCCAACAUACGUGUGGACCUUCAACCUAAAGACCAAGGACAAGCCGUCUAAAUGGACCCUAGCUGGUGUCGCCCUCUUGUUGCAGAUUUAAAAGGUUUGCUGUUGAGAAAAUUAUUAUACUAAUUUGGUAAAGGUUACCCGUAGUGGGACUGGUCAUUUUGUUGUAAUUUGUAAGUAUUAAUCAUUUAUUAAAAUGUUAUUUUAUAAAAAAAAUG